CUCGGGAAGUGUGUCUAUGGAAGUCUUUGACGAACGUUGUUGUAUGUAGAAAAGUUGUAUUUUCGUACUGUCAUCUGUAUACGUUUUGUUUACGAUAUGGGACCGAGGACUACUGUAGUGGACUUGUCGGUCCGCGAAGUUUUCAAUAAUGCUCAGUUUAGCACGAGAAAUCAUCAAACUUUGGCGAAGACACUUAUACAGAAGUACAAUGAUGAAGGGGAGACCUUCUGUCAAGAAUUUCUUCAGUGUCUGAAGAUAAUACUAGUCCAGGAUGAGAAGUCACCAGUUGUUGAACGUUCAGUGGAUUUCGUUGCAACGUUUUGUGCAGCAAUGAAUGAUGAUGGCGAAGAAGAAAUGAACGAUUUACUGAAAAUUGUAUUCAACUUCAUGCUAGAGCAUCAUGAGGCAAAGAACCAAGCUGUACGUUACAGAAUCUGUCAGAUGAUUGACAAGAUUAUGAAUCGAUUAGGCCAAGCUGAGCUGGAUGUCAAUAUUUGUGAGAAAAUAACGGAGUGUAUGCUGCAGCGCUUACUGGAUAAAGUACCAUCAGUGAGAGCAGAAGCAGUUAAAGCACUUUAUCGCCUGCAGGAACCUGAAGAUCAAGACUGUCCAAUAAUAAGAGCCUUCUUGUUCCACAUGGGGAGGGAUCCAAGUGCUGAUGUACGGACAAAUGUGGUUCGAAUUAUUGCACUGAACCAGGUCACAGUCCCUCACAUUAUUAAAAGAAUACUUGAUAUACGUGAGACUGUGCGUUGUGCUGCUUAUAAAACAUUGUCUCGUAUAAAUCUUCGAUCAUUUAGUAUUGGUCAGCGUGAACUACUGUUAAACCAAGGCCUUCGUGACCGUUUUGAUAAAGUGAAAGCUUGUGUGGUUAAAGAACUGCUGAAUACUUGGUUUACAAGUACAAACAAAAAUUUUAUUGAAUUUCUUACUGUACUUGAUGUUGAGACCUCAACUGAAACAUGUACCCUUGCACUUAAUGUUCUUUUUGAACAUCAGCCACUGACAGAUGUCAUUAGUGGAGUGCCUGUGGACAGUGUUACCCACCUUAUCCCACAUGACAAACUAAACCCAGCAGUUUCAUUUUAUUGGCGUAGUGUGGCAGUUCACUUGCACAAUAAUGCUGCUGAAGACCUAGAGAAAAUUGUUCCAGAACUGACUCAUUAUUGUUCAUACAUAGCAAGCCUUAUGAAGAGCAAGGAAAGGGAUCAGUGGGAAGAUCACGAAAAAGAAUUUAUUUUGAAACAACUUCUGGAAAUUAUACCUAUCUUUGAUCUUUCAGAUGAGGCAGGCAGGGCUAACCUCAGGCAGCUUUUGUUAGAUCUGCUCCUCAAUGACGACGUUCAGGUGCCACUUGUACCAGUUAUUGUAUCACUACUGUGUAAUGCAAUCCCUGAUACAUUUAUCAGACUUCAGACAUUGGCUGAGAUUGUCUCAGAAAUGCAUGAACCUCUUACAGUUGUUUGUUCAGAAAUGUCAGUAGAAGAAAAACGGAAGAUAGAAAUAAAAAGAGCAGAACUGUGUGUUAAACUUUAUGAGCAACGGGAAAUUCAAGAAGAGGCAAUCAAGAGACAGGAUUUCAUGGAAGCUGAAGCUAUGAAACCAGAGAUUCAGGCAUUAGAGAAAAGAAUAGCUGAACUUACAUCACAACCUGAUGUACUGACCCAAGAGGUACGCCAAGUGAAAAAUGAUCCUUUGACACUCACAAAGUGUUUAACAAUUGUGUCAGAAAUGAUGCAGUCUCCAGAUGUAACUGGCCUGACACCACAGCUACGCAGUCUGCUGGACAAUUUUGUUUUAAACAAUUUAGAGGUACCAGAUGUGGAAGUCCUGAAUGCAAGGAUUCGUACUUUGGCUUUAUAUUCUCUAUGGGAUGUAGAACUUGCUAAAAAGUACAUGAAUCUCUUCAUGUUUUAUUUCAAUUUGGAGGUUCAGGAAAAUGAAGAAAUCUACCUAACAGUCAUCAAAGCCAUUUUUGAUUUGUUCGUUGUGCAUGGAAUAAAUACUUUCCAAGUGGAUACAGAGAUAGCUGACGUCAGAUUGAAGACAGUUAAAAGAGGAGCUUUCAAGACGAACACUUCAGUUUUAGACAGCACAAGUAUUCUCGAUACUACUGCAGCAGCUGUAUCCAGUGGAGAUUUUAUAAUUGGUAAUGAAUCCUGUCGCAGCUUGCUCUCAAAGUUAUGCAGUUUGCUGAACAGCACAGUUGGAGAAGUACGCAGAGUUACAGCGGAAGGUUUAUGCAAGCUUCUGCUCACGGGCAGAAUAGCAUCUAGCAGGGUUCUAACUCACCUUCUCUUGGUGUGGUUUAAUCCUGUCACUGAACAUGAUCCAGCUGUACGCCAGAUGUUGGGGUGCUUUCUAGAAAUGUUUACCUCACAUGUUCCUGAAGCAGCAGAAUUGCUAGAGGAAGCAUUUUUACCAGUUCUUAAAGUAAUUCUAGAUGCACCAGAGGAUAGUCCCUUAGCUGAAGUAGAUGAAAAUGAGGUGGUGUCACUUCUUAUAAACAUUAUGAAGUCUAAAGGACAGGCCAAUGUACACAACAGCUUGGCGGUGAGACUGUGUACUGAAAUCUUAAAACAUCCUGAAAACUAUUAUAACAAAGUUUACCUUAAGACACUUGUCAACCUUUCAUUGUCCUUGAAUGAUGUUCUUCGUGAAGAUUUGAAGAACCUUGCUGAACAGAUGCAUAAGGUUGUUCUUGAGAAGUCACUAAUAAAUUAUGUGAAGAAGUUUGAGCAAAUUUUGGAAAGAGGUCCUGACUCCCAAUCAAAAUUGACUGGUGGUGAAGUAAAUGGAAACAUGGAACACCCACAAGGCAAUGAUCUUCUCUCACUCAGUGGUGGCUCAGAUGGUGAAAUGAGUGAGGAAGAGGGAAAAAGACGCACUGCAGAUGCCACUACAAACAGAAAAAAGAAAACUAGGAAAACACAGAGUUCACCCCUAGAAAUUGCAAUAAGAGAUGCAAGACGAGCCUUGAGUCUUGAUAGUGAAGAUGGAGACUUCAUCGCUGAAAGGGAGAUAGAUAGUGAAUGUAAUCUGCCUGUUGUUCAUGAGGAAUUGUUGACAGAAAAUCAAAACAACAUUUCUCCAGAAGUAAUUUCGCCACAAGUCGCAGAAGAAAAUGUCGUAGCUGAUCAUCCUGAGGGUGGUAAUGAAACUGAAGCUAGCAAGAAAAGCAAAACCCUAAGCAAAAAAAAUGUUUCACAGCAACAACGGAAGAAAACCUUGGAAUCUAAUCUUUCUGAUGUCAAUGGACAGAAAGUCACUGGAAGAGAAACCAGAGCUAGCAAACUAAAAUCAUUGGAGACUCCAACAGCACCUGUCACUAAACCACAAAGGGGAAGAGGUCGAAAAGCUGCAGCUAAUUCAAGAUCAGUAGCUAUGAUGUCUGUACCCAGGAAAGUACGUACAAGGAAUACUGUGUGUGAGCAGACACCUCAGCAGGAGCCCCCUUCACCAAACCCAGAUGAAAGCAUAGCCAAGAGCAGACCGAGAAGAAAUGUCAAGGUAUCUGUACUUCAGACCUUCGAUGACUCUACUGAUGAAUCACUAGCUACUCCAGAUUCAGACAAGAAGAACGUAGUUAUCUCAGAGACAUCUGAUUCGGAAUUCUCCUGCAGUGAUGGUGAUGAUGACGCAAGUGAUUCAGACGAGUUCACGAUGCAGAAAACAACAAGAUCAAAGAAACAGUCUAAAGUGGACCGGGAAGUUCAGAAAGUGCAAGAAAAAUUCAAGAAAUUGGGGAAGUGAUUUGAUGACGAGCUAAUUAAGAAGCAUAUCCCAUUUUAUUACAGAUUUUUCAUUAAAAAUAUUUAAUGAAUCGACAUUAUUUUAAGGAGCCAAUGAUUUGCAGCUUUUAUAUUUGACUGGAACUUGUAGUUUAAACAAACUGAUGUACAGCUAUUGUGGCACAUCAUGAUUGUUCAAAAGUGUUUGAUUAAUGUUUUCUAUUUGCAGCAUUUUCUAAAUGUAAAAU